AUGGGCACCCCAGGACCUCCCCUUAGCUACUCCCCUGUUGGAACCACCAAAGGAUUUGACAAACUGCAAGAAUCGGAAAAAUGCUGUGGCUGGUUUAAUUAUACUGAUUGGUGGACUUCACAUUUCACUGAUGGAAAUCACUACAAAUACCCAGACAGUUGCUGCAAAACAGUCAAAGAAGGCUGUGGGACGUUGGAGCGCGGAAGCAAAAUUAGCAAUUUUAUAAACACAGAGGGUUGCAAGGAUAAGCUGAAGACUCUUCUUAAGGACGCACUGUAUGUUGUUGGUGCCAUUGGUGUCACUAUUGUUGUCAUCCAGAUCUUGGGAAUGAUAUUUGCCUUGGUCUUGAUUUGUAAGAUUGGAAGUGAAGGGACUUAUGCUUAGCAUGGAGCACACAAACAUCUCUGCUUUAAAACAAACUCCUGAGAGUGCUUUUCACCUUCAUCUUUAUUUGCAAAAUUGGGCAGUCUUAAGACUGCAAUACCACUGAGGAACCAAAUGUUAAUUUCAUCAAUCUGGUUAUAGUUUCCUAAAUUGAUAACUGCUUUUAGUUUCUUCACUGGAGUGGUUUUUAUAUGACUUUCAAAAACAAUUUCACCCUGUUUUAUUUGAUUCUGUAUUUGCAUAUCUCCCCUAAAAAGGUUUUGGAAGGUCAUGCAACAGUCACACCCAGUUUGUUAAGUUCUAUGUUGUCAGUUACAUCACGUUUUCUAUCUUUGCUGCGAGCUAGUAGACACAUUUCCCAAGUUUGACACCUUAUACUAAUGUUCACAUUUCGUGUCUCAACUUGUGUUCUGAUUGGUUAAUGUCAUUUCUUUCAUCCUUUGUGACUGGCUACUGGCUUAUUUCAAACAGUCAUCAUAAAACCUCUCCAUUAAGCACUGGAGUCUUCAUCAUUUAUAUGUAAAAAGAAGUUAGGUUUUGUUUCUAUUUUGCACCUUUAUUAGUGAGAUUACGCACUGAACUCUGGUAGGCCAAAUUCAUUCAGGUACCACUCUAUCCCUCUCUCCUGUUGUGUUGCUCUGGAAAAUAUCUAACCCUCCCCCUCCAUGUAAGGUUUCAUGGUUUGACCCUACCCCUCUGGCCAUGGGAUAGUUAUGGAUAUUUUCUGGAACUGCACAUUGUUUGGGUCAUUGAGCAACAGCCUUGCAUGAUGAUUCAAUUGUCUAGUUUGUGUGUAGCUGUGCAUUGCAUCAGCCCUUGAGUACAAUCUUUGAUUUGAUAAAUCUGAAACAUUGCUAACUUGGUCUAUUUGGCCAUUUUUUCGUUUGCAUGUUUUAAAGGGGCCAUGACACAUUAUGUGAAAGUGGUUUUGAUUUGAACAUUUAUUCAGCACUGUCUAUUAUUAGUAUAUCUACAAGGUGUCUCUUUGUCUGCUAAUACUUAAUUGAAAUAAUUACAAAAAAAAAACCAGCCAAAUAGUAUCAGAGAUGGUCAUGAUUCAACUAAAUUGUGCUUGACCAACUUUUUCGAGAUGUUGCCUUGGUGAUGUGGAACCUUUAAUUUGGGCGAGCAAACUUGUUUUUAAUCAUGAUAAUAAAUAUACAAUAUACUUAGUCCAAUUUAAGAAAUCCUUUGUUCCUAUAUGCGCGAGCUGAUUUGAUGGCAAAUGAAGAAUAAGUAUCUGGUCUUUAUUUCCAAGAGAUAGAAGACCGGGUGACAAGGCUUAGCAGUUUGGAAUUGGACAUUUCAGCUCUGUGUCAAAACGAGUGUUCAUGUGAAACCAUUCAUUUGAAAUGUGUUUGAUCUGCAUGUUCAUUUUCAUGGAAAUCAAACUUGUUUUCAUAAGGAAAGUUUUGCACGAAGGCUCGCGUUGAAACAGAGGCAAAACUAAAGGCACCUUGGAAAUGGUUCCAUGUAUUUAAUCAACAAUCGUUCUACUUUUUCAUCAACUACCAAGUAUAGGUAAAUGGGAAAUAAUAGUAAAUCAAGAAGUGUGAAAUAUUUUAGUCGCUUUUCUUGUUGGUGAGCUUUGCAGCAAUUGCAUUUAUACAGUCUAGUAAUUUGUUCUAGUUUUGUAACACGUUAGCAUAAGGGUUCGUAUUGGUAAUAAAUUUGUGCGAAAGAA